AUGGAGCACGGCAUCCAGAACCUGGGCCUGGAGCUCUCGGAAGAAGGAGAAAACUCUGAGGAAGCCAAGAACGUCACAGCGCGAGGACUUCCGCAGAGGAGGAGUCUACAGCCUUUCAUCAAGAUAAGAAGUUUCUGUGCAAGGCAUGCCAGACUGUUCCAGAAGAUCCUGUUGGGCCUCUUGUGUUUGGCGUACGCUGCCUACUUCCUGGCAGCCUGCAUCCUGGAUUUCCAGCGGGCGCUGGCCUUGUUCGUCAUCACCUGCUUUGUGAUCUUUGUCCUGGCUUACCACUUCCUGAAAAAGUUCUUCGGUAAAAAAGUUACCAGAUGUCUGGAGCCCUGGAAAAACUCUCGCCUGCGUGUUUGGAUGACAUGGGUGCUUGCAGGUGUCUCUCUGGUCGGCCUCAUCCUGUGGCUGGCUCUGGAUACGGCCCAAAGGCCGGAGCAGCUGAUCUCCUUUGCAGGAAUCUGCAUGUUUCUCCUCAUCCUCUUUGCCGGCUCCAAACACCACAGUGCAGUGUCUUGGAAGACAGUGUUCUGGGGCCUGGGUCUUCAGUUUGUCUUUGGGAUCUUGGUCAUGAGAACUGACCCUGGAUUCAUUGCUUUUCAGUGGCUGGGAGAACAGGUUCAGAUUUUCCUGGACUACACUGUGGCUGGCUCCAGUUUUGUCUUUGGAACUACCCUGGUCCAAGAGGCCUUUGCUUUUCAGUCUUUACCAAUCGUCAUUUUCUUUGGGAGCGUGAUGUCCAUUUUAUACUACCUGGGGCUCGUGCAGUGGGUCAUUCAGAAGAUCUCCUGGUUCCUGCAAGUCACCAUGGGCACCACUGCCACGGAGACCCUGGCUGUGGUGGGAAACAUCUUUGUGGGGAUGACUGAGGCACCUCUGCUCAUCCGCCCCUACCUUGCAGACAUGACCCAGUCUGAGCUCCACGCCGUGAUGACCGGAGGGUUUGCCACCAUCGCGGGCUCCGUGCUGGGAGCCUUCAUAUCCUUUGGGAUAGAUGCGCCAUCCUUGAUCUCGGCCUCCGUGAUGGCCGCGCCUUGCGCCCUGGCCUUGUCCAAGCUGGUGUAUCCGGAAGUGGAGGAAUCCAAGUUCAAGAGCAAGGAGGGGUUAAAGCUGCAGCGCGGGAAGGAGAGGAACAUUCUGGAAGCUGCCAGCAGUGGAGCCACAGAUGCCAUAGGUCUUGUUGCCAACAUAGCAGCCAACCUGAUCGCCUUCCUGGCCGUUUUGGCCUUCAUCAACGCUGCCCUCUCCUGGAUGGGGGAACUGGUAGACAUACAUGGCCUCACUUUCCAGGUCAUCUGCUCCUAUGUGCUAAGGCCCAUGGUUUUCAUGAUGGGUGUGGACUGGGCAGACUGUCCGAUCGUGGCUGAGAUCGUGGGCAUCAAGUUCUUCACCAACGAGUUUGUGGCCUACGAGCAACUAUCUCAGUACAAGAACAAACGUCUCUCUGGAGAGGAAGAGUGGCUCGAGGGCAAGAAGCAGUGGGUUUCUGUGAAGGCUGAAAUCAUCGCAACAUUUUCGCUCUGUGGAUUUGCCAACCUCAGUUCCAUAGGAAUCACACUUGGUGGCCUAACACCAAUGGUACCCCACCGGAAGAAUGACCUGUCCAAGGUUGUGGUCAGCGCCCUCUUCACAGGGGCCUGUGUGUCCUUUAUCAGCGCUUGUAUGGCAGGAAUCCUCUACGUUCCCAGGGGAGCCGAAGCGGACUGUGUCUCCUUCCUAAACACGAGUUUCUCCAACCGAACCUACGAGACCUUCGUGUGCUGCCGAGAGCUCUUCCAGAGCACCUCUGCAAAUGGUACCAACCCACCUUCUUUUUCUGGUCCCUGGGAAGACAAGGAGUUCAGUGCCCUGGCGCUUGCUAACUGCUGUAAAAUCUACGCCAACGCGGUCUGUGCCUGAGCGCUCCGUCGUCCCCGUAACACUUCUGACAGCUGCUCUGCGGUCAGGGGCAUUUGUACACUCAGGGUUAACAUUCUGGAGUGAAUGCAUCAGGAGCUAUGACAGUAAAAUAUUCCUUUUGGUUCACUCUAUCCCAAAAAUGAAAAUUAGCAUUUGUCUUUCCAUUGUCUGGGUGAAUCACAUAGGAAAUUCCUCCUGGGCCCUCUUGAGCUAAUAUUUAAAUAAAUAAAUAAAUGUCACCACAUCAAAAACGUCUUGAAAACCUGGCUCCAAGUUGCCAUCUUAAAAAUAUGCGUUGCAGUAUGCUAUGAAAGAUUUAGUGCGCGUCGUGUCUGGGGACAGAGGUAGAGGAGACUGUAUUUCUUGGGGUUUUGUAGAUGUGCUAGGUUUAUAUUACUAAAGUUGCAUGUAAAAGGUACAUGAAUAUUUAAUGGUAAAAAUUUUCUGGUUGUCACAUAUUUGUAAACUGCAAACUCCUUGACAUCAAA